CAGUCAGCACGCAGAGGGCACGGACGUAGCUCAACCCCUCAGGAGUAUCUGUUUAUCCAACAACCAUGAAGGCUGUAGCUCUGAUCCUCGCUCUGGCAGUCAUCACCGGCUGCAACGCCCGUGUUGUGCGCCAGGCUGAUGCCACCCUAGUAAGAUGGGAGGACACUGUGGAUCGUUUCUGGCAGUACGUCUCUGACCUGAACCAAAAGGCUGAUGGAGUUGUGCAGGACCUCAAGGCCUCUCAGCUCACCAGGGAGCUAGACACUCUGAUCACCGACAGCAUGGCAGAGCUGGAAGCAUACACAGCUGAAAUCCAGACCAAGCUGGCCCCCUACACCGAUAGCUCCACCGGACUGCUGUCUGAGGACCUGCAGCUUCUGGCCACCAAACUCCAGAAGGACAUGCUGGAUGCCAAGGACCGCAGCACUGAGUAUCUGGGUGAGCUCAAGACCAUGGUGGAGCAGAACGCCGAUGAUGUUCGCGGCCGCAUCAACACCUACUCCCACAAGCUGAAGAAGCGCCUGAACAAGGACACAGAGGAGAUUCGCAACACCGUGUCCACAUACAUGGGUGAGGUCCAGUCCCGCACCUCCCAGAACUUCGACACCAUGAAGGAGAAUGUUGAGCCCUACGUCCAGCAGGCCAGUGACACCGCCGCCAAGAAGCUGAGUGACAUCUCCACCAUCCUGAAGACCCAGGCUGAAGGCUUGGGGCAGCAGCUGGAGUCCCAGGCUGAGGGCAUCAAGACCCAGCUCGAGUCUGUCGCCCAGGACCUGCGUACCUCCCUGGAAGGCAGGAUUGACGAACUGACCGAGAUGAUCUCCCCUUACGCCACCCAGAUCCGUGAGCAGAUUGACAACAUCAUGGAGAAGGUCAAGGAGACCGCCAGUUCUUAAAAAAAGACUCUGAUUUCUUAAAAAAGGGGGAACGGUGGGAAGUUUCAGAGUUACUGAUGAUAUCUUCACUUGGGUGCUCUAUUGUUCUGGAUAAGGGGGGUGAUGAGAUGAAGAAGGGGGUGAUUAGCGUCUUUCACAGAACAACCGGCAGAUAGUCUGUUUGGGUUUUGACAGCUUAGUCACCCUUUGUUCUCUUAUCACCUCCCUUGACCACUGAACACAAGCACCCCAGUCAGUAACAGCAUUUAAUACACAAACAGGAUACAUUUUUUUCUGUAAUAUGGCUUGCUUUUCUACUAUCAAUUAAGCUUUCAAACCACUCAAGGUUUUGUUUUGAGCUUACUACAUUUUGUUUGGUUGUAUUCAUAACUGCUGAGCCUCAUAGGCAGGGAUGGAAUAUCCUCCCUUAACGCACCAAACACAAGUGUCUUUCUUUUCAAUAAAUGCACUGAAUAAUGAUUAUGAUCAAAAGAUUGGGGCACCUACAGUAUUGUUUGCUUGUUUUUCGAUAGGCAAACCACUAAAGUGGCCUUCUGUAUUUUCUGCAUUUCUUGUUGUUGUGCUUCACACAGAAGAAGAAUGUAAAACUUGCCUUUCUGACUAUCAAUGAAUGUAAUGCUGCCUGUCUGUUCUUCAGUCUGACUAUAGAGUGUCUCUUGUGUCUCAUAUGCCCAACAUGCUGCUCACUGUAAGCACACUUUCUGUGUGAUGAACAGUGCUGAGUGAAUAAAGAACUUAGAAAAGAU